CGUCAGAGACGGUUGAGCUCCACAGCCCACCUCACCUGAACAUCAACCUCUCCUUCAGGAAAACAUAUUGAUUGAAAAAAGGAAAGAGAAGAACAUGUACUUGUUUAUUGUAUGUCAGUUUAUAAAUUUAGCUACAUAACAUUUCUAAGAUUUCAGUUGAACUGAUGUAUCCUGAUGCGCACGACGUAUCAUUGGAGACGGCAAGGUGAAAACGCUGCCUGGGAAUCGGUCGUCAAACCUAAGGGCAGCUCGGUCUUUCUCUAAAAUCUGACAUGGCCAUGUGUUAAAUGGAUUCCCUCAGUUUAAUCAAUGGCUCCUCUGGGAGCAAAGAGCUGGCCAUCGGGGAGGAUUCAUCUGACGUGACUCUGAAUCAUCCGCUGUUAGAGCUGGGAGACAGCACCAAGCUUCUUGGGGUGCAGGUGAUCCUGAUCUUGGCAUACUCUACCAUCAUCCUUUUGGGCGUUGUGGGGAACUCCCUGGUGAUAUAUGUGAUUUACAAGUUUAAGACACUCCGUACCGUCACCAACUUCUUCAUUGCAAACCUAGCAGUUGCUGAUCUGCUCGUCAACACGUUGUGUCUCCCGUUCACACUGGCUUACACUCUUCUCAAGGAAUGGAAGUUUGGACAAGUGCUUUGUUUCACUCUGCCAUACGCUCAAGGUCUCGCCGUCCACGUCUCUACUAUUACAUUAAACGUAAUUGCAUUGGAUCGACACAGAUGCAUCGUUUAUCACCUAGACACUAGAAUGACAAAGGACACCUGCUUUCUGGUCAUUGCCAUCACCUGGGUGGUAAGUGCCGUUCUGGCAAGCCCACUGGCCAUAUUCAGGGAGUAUGGAAUCGUAGAUCUUUCUCCAGAUAACUCCAUUGAGGUUUGUGGAGAGAAGUGGCCUGACAGUAGUACAGACAGCACUCUAUACUCAAUCUCCACGCUGCUGCUGCAAUAUGUGUUGCCUCUGGCAAUCAUAUCGUUUGCCUACAUCCGUAUCUGGAGUAAACUCCGCAAUCACGUCAGCCCAGUUGGUCGCAAUGACAGGCAUCAGCGCCGCCGCAAUACCACCAAGAUGUUGGUUAACAUGGUCGUGGUGUUUGCGGUCAGCUGGUUGCCUUUCCACGCCUUCCAGCUCGCCAUUGACAUUGACCACAGCGUGUUGGACAUGAAGGACUUCAGGCUUCUUUACACUGUUUUCCACAUUGUGGCCAUGUGCUCAACGUUUGCCAAUCCACUGCUGUAUGGUUGGAUGAACCGGAACUACCGCAGCGCCUUUGUUGCAGUCUUCAGUUGCAAGGAACGGCUUGAUUCAUUGCACACCGAAGGCCAGGCUGCAACAGCGGUUCGCAGCAAACCCAAAAAGGCUUUAGAAGCCCAAGAUAUAGUGACGACACAUCUCAAUGCAACAGAUGUCUGAGGUGAGGAUACUGAAAGGAUUCCUAAUGCCAGUUAGAAACUAUGAAGGAUUAAUCAUAGCAGGAACUUCAUAGUGAUUUGUGUGGUAUCCAAAUUUAAGACACUUCUUACCAUCACAGAUUUGCUUGUCAGAUCUCUUGUCAGAUCUCAGAUCUGCUUGUCAACAGGAUGUCUCCCAUCUAUGCUGGCUUGGUUAAAUUAAAUUGUUCUGGUGGCAGCUUCACAACAAUAUGACCUAGCUAAAUUCUAUGUUGUGAACUCUUCUCAUCAUCUUCAUCAAUGCAUGUUCAACAAGAUGUAUAAAGUUGGCUGAAUGUACUUAUACUUGAAUCAGGAACAUUUUGCACUAAUUAUUUCUGGAUCUUGCUUUGCGGAUGCCUCUCCAUUUGUAGGAAAGAUGACUAUGCGCAGUUUUGCUCAUCAUAGAAGAAGGUUCCUCAUCAUGAAGCAGUUUCAGAUGUUACCAUAUGACAAAUGUGUGCUCUCUUAUCUUCAAGCAGCCAUCACUUCUUGUGAACUGUAUUGUCUCCUCCACUAAACCUUGCGGGAUGUUCUGUCAGUCCGAUACUUUGAAAAUAUUAUGAAUGUAUUUCAUCUAAAAUGCAUAACAAAGAAUUAUCAACAGAGGAUUUGACGGAUCAAAGUGAAUUGUUCCCUGCUGGUUCACUCUUUAGAAACAUAACCCUAGGAAUGGUUGGCAUGUGCAAAUAUGACAAGAUAGAUGUGUAUGUGAAAAAAAAAACAGUAAAUGGAAAUGUGCUUUCUACUGUAUAUUGUUGUCUUCUGUAAAGCUGUCUCAUUUGCAAUCGCCAUGCCAGAUGAAUGUAAUUUAAAGCAAAAUCAAUAUUGUUCUAUGAAAGUGAAAAAUACCAGAAACACAUGAUGUAUAUAUAUCACACAGAGUUAUUCAUCUGCCUUUGAAAAUGUCACUUGUAGAAUUACAGCCAGCACAUUAGAGGUUUAUGAUGUCAUAUCAACAUGAAAACAUUGUCUUAUUCCCCCAUGUUCUCCAAUUUCCUGAAGGAAAAUCGAACACAAAGCUGCUUUAAAAAGCGAUGAUUCACACAAGUUACGGGUUUGCUGAUGUGUUUCUAUUGACAUGGAAAGUAAAUGCCUGUCCACUGUAGAACUAAAUGACUCCUUUUAACCUAAAUUGUCUGCAGGAAAUGAGAAUGCCACAUUUAAUUAGUACUCUGGGCUUCUGUGUGGAUCCUGCUUGAAUUUAGGAUGAGAAUUGGGAAUUAUUAGUGAAAUAUAACCGCACUGCACUGCGAUAGUGUUGUUUUUGUAAAAGGAAUAUUCUGGAUUCAAUACAUGUUCUCUCUUGCAAUAGAGAAUCAUUUUGACCAGAUCUUCAGCAUAUACAAACAAACAAUAAUACAUUAAUGAUGGAAGUCUAAAAUGCAUUACAUGGCAUAAAUGCUGAAAAGCACUGUGUAUAUACUUAUGAAUUAAUGUAAAAGCCAUUAACAUGAUAUGUACAAGAAAGGUGCUGUUUACAUGAAGAGUAACUCAUAGGUGUUACAUCUGUAAUGCAUAAUCAAAAAUUUAUCGGCCGAUAAAAAUAGUACAAUUGCUACUGUAGGGCACAAAUUGGUAGCACUUUAUUUUAUAGUCCUGUUCCUUAUGUACAUACAAUGUACUUAUUAUAGUAAUUACAAUAACUAUGUAAUAACUAGGUACUAACCCUGAACCUACCCCUAAACCUAACCCUACCCCAUGUAGUUACCUUGUAUUACCAGAACUUUCUUAGAUAAAUACACUGUAAGGACAAUAUAAGUACAUGUAAGUACACGUACUGUAAAAUAAAGUGCAACCCAUAAAUUUUUAACAAUUUGAAUUUGUUUAUUGCAACAAGCAAUUUGUCCACUACACCGAAUGCAAGAUCGCAGCUAGAACACAUCUGAGCAAGAUUUUUGACCAAUAAGAGUUCACGGUGGACAGGGCUGACAGCAUGACAAAAACAUGUAUUAUUUAUUUCUAAAUUAUUGUCUGUGUCAGCAUCCUGCAGAUACUGAAACUUUUGAACGCAGAACAAGGGAAAGAUGAGUGAGUCAAAAUACCAAAUAAUCAAGUGGUUCCUAAUUAUUUAGUUGAUUUUUUAUUUUUUUUUACACAUGUUGGACAAACACACAGACAACAAAAUCAACAGUCCAGCUUUUCUUCUGGGAUUUCAGUUCACACAUCGAAAUCUAUUUGUCUGUGUGAGGGUGUUACAGAAACACCUACUAGUGUUGAUCAGCCAACCCUCUUUAUAGAUUUUAAUCAUUAUAUUUACAUAAGCAUUAAUGCUUUUACCCAGUACAUUUUGAGAAAAGACUAAAAACAGACUUUCACUCAGCAAACCAUUUACAAUGUAACAUAUAGUACUUAUGAACAUAUAUAUUUGUGGAUCUGUUUUUGUGAAAUGUUAUUCUUGUUUGUAUUAAAAGAUGUGUUUACAUUUAAAAAACAUUAUGUACCAAAACUUUGGUUGAAACCAACCAAAUUGUGCUGUGAUACAUUAAAAUUAUUUUUUAAUGUUGUAUAAUUCACAAUUUAUUUAUAUAUACUUGCGAUGUAGCAGAUGAAAGAUGAAGAUAAAGGUUCUUUGUAAAUAAACUUCGA